AUGGCCGCCCCCGCCGCACCCGCACCCCCCGUCACCUCGUCGCGGAAACUCGUCCUCCUCGGCGAGAGCGCCGUCGGCAAGAGCUCGCUCGUCCUCCAGUUCGUCAAGGGCCAGUUCGACGACUACCGCGAGUCGACCAUCGGCGCCGCCUUUCUCACUCAGACCGUCCCCAUCGAGUCGGGCAACUUUGUCAAGUUCGAGAUCUGGGACACGGCCGGCCAGGAGCGCUACAAGAGUCUGGCCCCCAUGUACUACCGCAGCGCACACGCCGCCGUCGUCGUGUACGACAUCACGAGCGCCGCCUCGCUCGUCAAGGCGCGCUCGUGGAUCGCCGAGCUGCAGCGCCAAGCCGACCCGUCCAUCGUCGUCUGCCUCGCCGGCAACAAGCUCGACCUCGCCGAGGCCGGCCAGCGACAAGUGUCGACCGCCGAGGCGCAAAAGUUUGCCGACGACGAGGGCCUCAUGUUCAGCGAGGUGAGCGCAAAGACGGCCCAGGGCGUCGAGGCCAUGUUCAAGCAGAUUGCUGAGCGCAUGCCGAUCGACACGGCGGCCGCCAAGUCGCGCGCGGGCGCCUCUCUCGCCGGCCGGGGCGGCGUCAACCUCACCCAGGGCAGCGGCAGCAGCGUCACCGACGGCUGCGCGUGCUGAGCCCCCUUCUUUUGAUACCCUCCCUCGCGCUCCCGUCCCUGUGUCGUCGUCGUCGUGCAUCCCUUCCCCCUCGCCCUUUGUCGUCCUCGGUCGUCCGUUUCCACCUCCUCGUUGUACUCGCGCCUCUCUGUUUCCUCCUACACGCCUCCUAGCCUAGUUCUCGCCCACGUGGACCCUGCUGCAACGACUCGUCACCUAGCGCCU